GACCCACAGCUCCUUGCUCAGUUCUACUACGCUGAUGAGGAACUAAAUCAGGUAGCAGCUGAACUGGACAGUUUGGAUGGAAGAAAAGACCCACAGAGAUGUACGCUGCUAGUCAACCAGUUUCGCUCUUGUCAGGAUAAUGUUUUGAACAUCAUAAAUCAAAUCAUGGAUGAAUGCAUUCCACAUGAACGGGCCAACCGAGACUUUUGUGUUAAGUUUCCAGAGGAAAUACGCCAUGACAACCUUGCAGGACAGCUUUGGUUUGGAGCAGAAUGUUUGGCUGCUGGUUCAAUUAUUAUGAAUCGUGAAAUUGAGAGUAUGGCUAUGAGGCCGUUGGCGAAGGAUCUGACCCGAAGCCUAGAGGAAGUUAGAAAUAUCAUUCGUGACCAGGCCUUAAGGGAUUUGAACCUCUACACAGAAAAAAUGAAAGAUUCACUCAAGCGUUUUGACGUCCUUUUUGCUGAAUUUGAAUUAAGUUAUGUGUCGGCCAUGGUACCCGUGAAGUCUCCAAAAGAAUAUUAUGUACAGCAAGAGGUAAUCGUACUUUUCUGUGAAACUGUGGAGAGAGCCUUAAGGCUUGGAUACCUCACUCAAGAUAUGAUAGAUGACUAUGAACCGGCUUUAAUGUUUACAAUUCCAAGAUUAGCCAUUGUAUGUGGCCUUGUCGUCUACUCCGAGGGACCAUUAAACUUGGACCAUAAACCAGAAGAUAUGUCUGAACUCUUCAGACCUUUUCACACUCUGCUAAGAAAAAUAAGGGAUCUACUUCAGACAUUAACUGAGGAUGAACUCCACACACUGGAACGUAACCUCUGCAUCUCUCAAGAUGUGGAUUUUCCUGUCAGAGCAGAUCCUGAAGUACCCUCUGUCAUUACACCGGGCAUAACUGCGACUUUGCCUGCUAAGGAGCUGUCAGCAAAAGCUGAAAACACAGAGGCUGAGCUGGCUUGUUCUAUGCAGUAUGAUGAACAGGAGCUGGAACAGCUGAAUAGGAUGGUGCACAGAGUCGGAGACGAAAUGUCUUCUCUGCUUUCCCCUCCAAGCAUCUGUCAGUCUCCAGCUCACAGAUCUAGCCUAAGAAAUAGUUCUAGCACAGAAGCUUCACCAACAAGACACCAUCUUGACAACUUAACUGAAGAAGAGGUGGUUUUUAUGGAUGACCUAGAUGGAGCAGGAGAAGCUCUUGCUGGGUUGGAUUCAGUAAGUGAUACUUUUGCUUGGGUGAAUAACCCUUGCCACAGUUCCAAACAGAACCUGCAAUAUAGAGACGCUUUGCUGUUCGAGAACGGCCAUCAGACAGAGGAAACUUUGCUUUUAAAAGAUGGUGAAAGUGACUUAAGCAAUAAUAACAAUAUUGAAGAUAGCAAACAGAUGUCUGGUGUCUCAGUUCAGAAUUCAUGCAGCUGUCUAGAGGGUCCAGACUCACAGUUAUACCUCAAUGGCUGGGAUGCGUACGCUGAUGAUGCAGAAAUGGCGGAAGUGAUAGCUCAUAGGACAGGGGGAAUGAAAAUAUCUGCUACUGUAAUAUUCAAUCCUAAAUCUCCCUCUAGCUCAGAAUCCCCAGUAACAACUCCAGAAGCAGCUAUUAGUUGUGUUCCUGGAUCUGCUAAUCCAUUAGCAAAUGAGGAGGAGGAUGAAUCCCAUAAACUCAGUAUAGCUGCCACAAACUGUCUAAUUAAUUCCUGUGUGUGUUGUGGCAGCUGUGAAGACAGCAGGGAGGACAGUGUUGAAGGUUUAAAGACUAAACAUUCUGCAGGAGGUGUUGUAAAUGCUUCAUACACGUUAGUAAAGUCUAAGGAAAUGGACCAUGUAGAUAACUUGGACAAUUCAGUCCCUGCACAGGAAACGUUAAAGCCCGAAACUUCUGCUCUGUUAGCAGAAGGAGGCUGUGGCAGAGAAGAGCAAAAACUGCCGAUCUCCUCUAAGUGCCUGGCACAUUCCUCAGGUUCACAGGUAGGAGCAGAAAAUGACUCGCAAGGAGAAGCAGAAAGCAUCUCAAAUCAGCAGAAGUGGGAGAAGAGAAAACAACUAUGUGAGAAAAAGCAGGACAACAAUGAAGAUGCUAAUAGUGAAAGGACAGCAAAGGAAGAUGUAAAGUCAAGAUCUAGUUCAAGUUCUCAGGAUGGCUUACGUGAUUCCCCCCUCAGCUCCAUCUCCAGCAGUGACUAUGAGAGUGUUUCUGUCACUACAUGUAGUCUCUCCAGCGUAUACGCUCUGAGUUCUUGUUCAUCUGAUGACAUUGAUCAGGAAGAAAUCCAGCUCGCUUUGCAGGCUGCUAAAAUUGCCAACCGAGAAAAGAUCAGAUCCAGAUUUCAUGGCAGUAAUGAUCUUAUUCACCGCCUUUUUGUCUGUAUCUCAGGUGUUGCUGACCAGCUGCAGACAAACUAUGCUAGUGAUCUGAGAAGUAUCUUAAAGACCUUGUUUGAAGUUAUGGCAACCAAACCUGAAACAGAAGACAAGGAAAAGCAAAAGAAAGUUAAUCAGGGUUUAAGGAAUGCAGCACUGGAAGACUGUGCUUUAUGUCAAGAAAGUAUAUCGUCCUCAGAACUUGCAGCAAAAGCCAGAGAUGGUGACUUUGAAGAUCCUCCUGACUGGGUUCCAGAUGAAGUCUGCAGCUACUGCACUGCGUGCAAGGCUCCUUUCACAGUCAUUCGCAGGAAGCACCACUGUCGGAGCUGUGGCAAGAUCUUCUGUUCCCGCUGUUCCUCCCACUCUGCUCCAUUACCUCGUUAUGGUCAGAUGAAGCCUGUCCGUGUUUGCACUCACUGUUACAUGUUCCAUGUCACUCCCUUCUAUAGUGACAAAGCUGGUAUCUGACAUAUUAAACUACUGGUGUGGCUUCUGGAGUCUUACACGGACUGAUAUAUUUGACCUAAGCCAAGAAUUAACUUGAAAGAGGGACCCCGUGAGGGCGUGUAGGCUUUGACAUC